AUCCACAUUGAUUCUUCAUCCCCCAUUUCGCCCAACUUCCUUCCCACGUCAGGGCCCGAGCUCCGAGCUAGGGUUUCCUCUCUCGCCGCCGCCGCCGCUGCCGACGACGACGGGAGAGGAGGAGGAGUAGGCGAAGCCGAGUUAGUUGUGCCAGGAGAGGGAACAUGGGCACGCCGGAGACGUCGCGCGAGCCGUGCCCGGACCGGAUCCUGGACGACGUCGGCGGCGCGUUCGGGAUGGGCGCCGUUGGCGGCUCCGCCUUCCACUUCAUCAAGGGCAUUUACAACUCCCCCAACGGGAUGCGCCUGUCCGGUGGCGCACAGGCCGUGCGGAUGAACGCGCCGCGCGUGGGGGGCAGCUUCGCCGUCUGGGGCGGCCUCUUCUCCACCUUCGACUGCGCCAUGGUGUACGCUCGCCAGAAGGAGGACCCCUGGAACUCCAUCGUUGCGGGCGCCGCCACGGGCGGGUUCCUCUCCAUGCGCCAGGGCAUGGGGGCCGCGGGCCGGUCGGCGCUCAUGGGCGGGAUCCUCCUGGCCCUCAUCGAGGGCGCUGGCCUCAUGCUCAAUCGCGUCCUCGCCAACCCGCCCCUGCCCGCCGACGAUCCCAACCUUACGGCGGCCAUGGGCGGCAACCCUUUCCCGGGUCUGCCGCAGGCGCCGCCGGUCGUGGCACCUCCGGAAGCGGCGAGCUCCAGCGGCGCGGGUGGGUGGUUCGGGGGACUGUUUGGCAAGAAGGAGGAGGAGAAGAAACCCAGCGCGGGCGGUGGCAAGUCGGAGAUCUUGGAGAGCUUCGACACGCCCAGCAGUCCGAUACCAUCGUUCGAGUACAAGUGAGGAAAAGGUUGGCUGAUGCCUUGGUCUUGCAAUGUGGUGGUGGUCUGGAAUUGGUGAUGCAUGUCAGCAAUAGAAUAACCGACAGGACAAGAGAUGGAUUGUUCGAUAACUUAUUCCUGCGCCGCUCUGCCUCGACUGGCUCAUAUCUAUGCGUCCUCUUGUGUAUGUAUAAGCCUUUUUUCAAAACGUGGCAGAUUGGCUACUUCUUGAGAUGUAGUUUUUGUAGAAGCAAAGAGCAGUAGUAUACUGCCUAUAUUAUAGCAUUCGUGUUGUGUGCAAUGUAAUGCACAUGAGAAUCCUUGUGCGGUUGUGCCUCGGCCUGGCCUCAGAAGGGACGACAUUUUUUUUGAGUUCUUAUUAGUUGAUUGAGUUGUUCAACUGCGCCCAGUCUUGCUGCAGGUCUUUGUUUUGUUGUCGGUGCUAUUUUCGUGGCGCAAGUCCUCACGAUUUGCCGUGAUGUUAAGGUUUCGACGUCUGA